CCGGAUGUAUUGUGAAGUGUGCAGGAUCAGCUGCAGAUCCCCCAGAAAAGAACCAGACCCGGGGCUGCUGAAAUCAGGUCACGGCUUUGGGUUCGAAAAUUCUACACAUAUGAUCUGAUGUCGGAACCAGCUGGUCCAAUCAGGCCCGGGCUGCAGAUGCGCACACACACCGCGGAAUCCGACCCGAACUGAAGCCGAACCAUAAACUGCUUUUGACUGUUGUAAUCCCGGUCCACUCCACCGUCCGCUCACCGAGCAUCUUCCGCCGCCGGAACAAUGAGGUGACACCGGCCCGCAGAAUUCUGCGGCUGGCGGACGAACACACGCGGGCCGAACACGUCCUGGUUGUGAAUUGAUGAUCGGUUGUAAUUGGACCCUAUGGCCGAUCAACGUGAUGGAGUUCCGAAUUCCGGAUGUUCCGACUCGAGUCACAAAAGCGUCAGAUUCUUUGUGAAGUGCGAAACAUCGACGCUCCAGGUGUUCGGCUUCCAGACUCAGUUCUGGAGAGGAAUCCACCUGGGUCAGAACCGGUUCUGAAGAAGGUGAGAAGACAAAGAACCGGGUCACCCUUCAAACUGGGUCAGUGGGGUGAGACGCUGCUCGCACCUGUCAGACAUCGAUCGGAGUGAAACCGCUGUUGAUGAACUCAUCCGUUCACCACAGCCAUGUGUCGCGCCUCGUCAUUUGGACGGAACCAGCGGGACGGUGAACCUUGUCUAUGCUUCAGUGCUGUCCUCGCAGACAGAAAUAAGGGUUUAAUGCUCUAAUGUGGUGGAAUGUGGUGGAAGGUGACGUGGUUAGGAUGGUAACUACCACUGAGAUUUGGGAAACUGUCGCGCCCCCUGCUGUCAGACAAGAAUGAAAUCGUGUCAUCCUGGCGACGAGGAAAACUCAAGUGGUCAGGGGUCACGUGACUGCAGAUAUUUUGGGGGCCCAGGGUCCAAGGAAGAUUAAUUGAAUCGAUUAAUUGAUGAAUUAAAUCUUGCAACUGGCCUCACCGACAGGACCUUGCUUGCUCCAGGACAAUCUGUGUAUGGCGGGUCGGGGCUCUGCUCUUCCAAUAUGGCGUUGAGGACUGACUUGAUCUUCCCCAUUUAAAACUCUGAUUUGGUCUGAUCGUUUUGUUUAAACAACACGGUGUUAAUUGGUGACUGAUGAAGGUGGUCGGACCAUACUACCGGUCUUGGUCGGGUCCAGUCAGUUGCCGUGGAGGCACCAAAUUGGGGCAGUCUCCAAAGACCCCCAGGACUGGACCUCCACACAAAGAGGAGGAUUAAGUAUGAUAAAUAAUUCAUGAGGGGCGGCACCACAUUCUGAUACACACCCGGGUCAGUGGGCGGGGGGGUCACUGGAGGUCUUUGUCAGAUCUGCUGUCAGAUUAACACGAGCGAGAGUGGUGGCACUCCGUCACGUUAUAAUCUGCUAUAAUCUGCUCCUCCUUAGAGCCCUGGUGAAAACAUUGAUUGGGUCAGAACCGGGUCGGGAUGGACCUCACAGUGUUCUCUCAGCCCAGGGUGUGAUGGAGACCUGCCUCCUGCCCUGAGGAGCUGCGCUCUGCUCUGCAACAGAACACCUGCAUCAUGCAAACAAACACUUGCUUCAGCCGUGAUGAUGAUGAUGUUGCAGGAGAGUCACUUUCACACAAUGUUGGGUCCAUCAGCUCCUCAUAGUCCGACUGCAGUGGGGCCUGUGUGCGUCUGUGUGUGUGAGUGUGCUCUUGUGUUUCCAUGACGACCACCUUCCACCGCUUGCACAUGGUGGAGUGGGAGGAGAAUCAGACAGGACAGAAGAUGGAGGUGGCUGACGCGCGCUCAGCUGCGCCGUCACUCGCUGUCGCUGGAUUCGGGUCAGAGGACACUCCACCGGUACCAACACCACUGAACCGGGCCGACCUACCAACACCACCGACCUGCCGAACAAGGACGAUGACAUCAUCACCAACACGGUAACCGCUGCUCCGGACACCGUCGGCACUGUGACUCAGAGAGCAGGCCGGAUUCCUCGCGCAGGAGAGGAGGAGCAGAGCAGCGGUAUGUUCCCUGUUGGUCCGGCGCUGGAGGAAAGGGGCGUGGCUGUCCCGUCCCAACUCAGCCCGGAUUCUGCUGAGACGGAGCUUCUGCUGCCGAGUGUCCCGCUGAAACCCCACAUGGAGCAGGAGGAGGCGGGACUGGCGAACACGGACCCUCCCUGGAUUCGCGAGGUCCCUGUGACUGACCCAGGCCGGCUCUCCACUGCGGCGCCCCCGAUGCCCUCCACCAACCCGUCCAACCCUGAUGUCUUCCAUGUGGACUUUUUUGAUCCCUUGUCUCCGGGACGUGGCCUGGACUUGGCAGCGCCUGCGACGCCAUCCUUGGCCCACGAGCUUCAGGGUGGUGACCCCACUUCCUGGGCGGUGCCAGACAACUAUGACUACCUCACUCCGUAUGAGGACGGCGUGUCCCCCACCGCGGAUGAGUACACCUACAGCACCACCACCGACGCCUAUGAGAGCGACGAGGACCUGCGUGUAGCCGCCGCCUCUCCCGCUCGCUCCAGACCUCGGGCUCCCGGAAUGGCGGUUCCAAACAUUGCAGCAGUAGCGCCUCCUGCCGCAGUUGCAGUGGACGGGUCGGAUGGCGUGGGCGGAUGCCGGGUCGGGUUCCAGAUGGUGAACGGAAGCUGCCGUUCCCCCUGUAACAUGCUGCCCAACUACUGCUUCAACGGCGGCCAGUGCCUCCUCCUGGAGGGGAGCGGAGUGUUGUGCAGGUGUAAUGUCCAGGACUACAUCUGGCACAAAGGUGCGCGCUGCGAGUGGGUGGUGACCGAGUUCCAGGUCAUGUGUGCGGUGGUCGGCGCCCUGGUUGUGGUGUUCCUGCUGCUCUUCAUGAUCAUUGUCUGCUUCGCCAAGAAGCUGCAUCUGCUCAAGACCGAGAACAAGAAGCUGCGCAAGCGCAGCAGUAAGUACCGGCCGACGUCGGAGCAGCACAACGAUAACUUCUCUCUGUCCACCAUCGCUGAGGGCUCCCACCCAAACGUAAGGAAACUGUGCGACACUCCUCCUCACGUCCCUCAUGCCCGUGCAUUGGCUUACUAUGAUAACAUUAUCUGUCAGGACGAUCCCAACUCGCAGAACAAGCUGGAGGACCCAGUGAAGGCCCCGCCCAAGGAGGACGAAUCCCUCAACAUCCACAACUCUCUGACCCCAAAACACGAGAACCACAAGGUCCUGGGCGAAGAGAACUCCUCCGAGGUGAACUCGCUGCAGAACAACAUGAUGUGAAGAACCAACGACCCCUCAGCAACAUGACGACACCUCGGGACGCGCUGGCGACCGGAGCCCCGACCUCCUCCCGCACCCCGAUCCGUACGGCGCCGACCGUCCCCACCGACUGACCAAGCGACCAGCCUGCCAACGUACCAGCGAAACCGCAGCCUGCACGGCUACACUGCCACCUGGUGGCUGUCGCCGCCGCUAACCAUCCUGCUGAGAGUCGCCCCCCCGACCCCUGAUGUCACUUUUGCAGCCCGCCCUCGUUGCUGUCACUUUAUUGCCCCCUACCUGUUUGACCUGCACACACUCACAGUGACACGAGCUCCUCCCUACACCCCACCUCCUCCCCGACUCCUCCUGCCUGCUCGAUGUAUUUUGUAAAAAGCAUCAGAAGAUUAAACUCGUGAACGUGCGUGUGAAAAAAAGAAGCUACUGAGGUUUGAUGUUGUCGACUAAUCCACUUCAGAUGUUUGCUCGGAUCAUUGACGUGAUUUCUAAUCCUUUCUUCUUCUUGUUUUUCUUUUCUACUUUUUUGGGAACAAACAAUUGAGAUUCUGAUGUUGUUGAAAUAAAACCUUUUUAACUUGA